AAGUUAUUGUUUGUAAUAAAAAAAUUUGUUUGCGAGAUUGUGUUUUACAUUUACAUUUUGGUUUCAAGGAAAAUUUACUAGACUAUUCAAAAAUAUAAAAUGGCUUUUGUUGGCAAAGAAAAUAUCGCAGAAAAUAUGGAGAAAUUUUCGCUGAAAAGUCCGAGAAAAAUUCUGACAGACGCAAAUAACUUGCGCAAGAUGUCCAUUGGCAACGAGGAUGUAUCAGCGAAAAAUCAGGAUACAACCGAAGAACAAGUUACAAAGCUUGCCAGCAAACCUGCCACACCAUUUGAUCCGUCAAUUGAGCCAUUGCUGAAAGAGAACCCACGUCGUUUUGUUAUUAUGCCAAUUGAAUAUCCCGAUAUAUGGCAAAUGUACAAAAAGGCAGAAGCGUCUUUUUGGACCGUGGAAGAGGUAGAUUUAUCCAAGGAUUUAGAUGAUUGGGCACGACUUACUGACAACGAAAGACAUUUUGUUUCGCACGUAUUAGCCUUUUUUGCCGCCUCGGAUGGUAUUGUAAAUGAAAAUUUGGUAGAACGUUUCAGUCAAGAAGUUCAAGUAACGGAGGCGCGGUGUUUCUACGGUUUUCAAAUCGCUAUGGAAAAUGUGCACUCAGAAAUGUAUAGCAUAUUAAUUGACACAUAUAUUAAGGACGGCAAACAAAGAGACUAUUUGUUCAAUGCAAUUGAGACGAUGCCUGCUGUUAAGCGUAAGGCUGAUUGGGCGCUGGCUUGGAUUUCUUCAAAGUCUGCAAACUUUGGUGAACGUAUAAUUGCAUUUGCCGCUGUUGAAGGCAUAUUCUUUAGCGGCAGUUUUGCAUCAAUCUUUUGGCUUAAGAAACGUGGUUUAAUGCCGGGCUUAACAUUCUCCAAUGAGUUGAUCUCACGUGACGAGGGUUUACAUUGUGAUUUCGCGUGUUUGAUGUUCCAACAUUUGAUACAGAAACCCAGCAGGGAACGUAUUAUUGAAAUCAUAUCUGAAGCAGUUAAAAUUGAACAAGAAUUCUUAACAGACGCAUUACCUGUAAACCUAAUUGGUAUGAAUUGUAGUCUCAUGUCGGAUUAUAUUGAAUUCGUAGCCGAUCGUUUGCUGGUCGAACUGUCUGUUGGCAAGAUCUACAAUACACCGAACCCCUUCAGUUUUAUGGAACUUAUCUCAUUAGAUGGCAAAACGAAUUUCUUUGAAAAGAAAGUUGGUGAAUACCAGAAAUGGGGCGUUACUGCGAAUAGAAUGGAUCAUGUUUUCACGUUAGAUGCUGAUUUCUAAAAUAUGACUUGUACCUACCAAUUGUAGAUAGAUAGUUUUAGAUAUAUAAAUGUUUAUAAUAAGGGUCUAGUUUAUAUUAAAAGGCAAAUGCAUACUUACCUGA